GCGGGGGGAAAAAAUGAAUAUUACCAUUUGUGUGUACUAAACAUAUUUAAUUUCUUCAAUCUUUCGAUAUUUAUGAACUUUAACAUCCUUGGUUUUGUAUUACAAUCCAACAACGGAUUUCCCACCCCAUUUUGUUACCGUUGAGGAAGUAUCUUUUAACAGCACAAUAUAUUAAUUCAGGAGCCCUAAGUGUACUGUAAGGCUGAGACAACUAUACACGGAGAUUUUCUUGUGGAACUAGGCAAUGUAUGAUGUGUUGAAAUUCGUUUCGAUUCUGCUGUGGUGCGCAAUAAUAUCAUCAUAUAAGUGUUAUAGUUCCUGCCCGGAUCCUCAAUGGAUAACUGCUCUGACUUGGAUUAAUCCUGAGAUGAUUUGCUUACAAUUUAACGUCACCAACUCCACCCUUCAUGGCUUGUUGUCUUGGGAAAAACCGGUUUCAUCUACUGUUGGUUUUGAUGGAUAUAUUGUGGAUUAUGAAAGUUAUCCAAAUACACUGUCAACAUCAACUGCAACCUGUGUAAUAGCUGAGUCUGAUUUGUAUGUGGGAGAAGAAAGCGUUGAUUUGUUUCCAUUGAAAUUCAACUAUGACUAUAUAUUUUGGAUCAAACUUGCGAAUGCGCAGCAAAAUUUAAAGAUGUUUUCUCAAGGUAGUAGGUUUAUCAGCAAUGGUGCAGAUUGCUUUCAAGAAACAAAUGAUUAUGAGUUUUGUUCUACUCAAGAUCCUCAGUAUGUCAGUGCUCCAGCAGAUGUACAGGUGAAAACUUCAUCAACAAACAACGACACGUUGAUAGAGAUAUCAUGGCUACGUCCUGUUGGACCCAACGCACUCAAGACUAAUUCGAUUUCUAUAAUCACCACAGAACAUGGGUUUUUGGAUUAUGCUGAAAAACGUACGAUGGAUUUCUUUUACCCUGAUAAAGCCACUGAAGAUAAUGAAGAAAGAAUUUCCACCACGAUUAGGCGACAACUUAAGUGGAAUAUAACCUAUGAUUUACGGUUGAUUGCAUUAAACAAAGAAGGAAAACAAAGCAUUCCUACUGACGUAUCGUUCAUUGCCCCCACACCUCCACCCCCUGUUACAGAAGAUAGGUCUAUGCCUACAGCCGGUGAAGGAAACCAUACAUCAACUAUCUACAUCAUCCUGAUUGUUCUUUUCGCUGUAAUUAUUGCUUGUACGUCAAUCUCCUGCGGUUAUUACGUUCGCUACAAACGUUUGCACACAGCCCCACAAUUCAAGCGGGAUCCUGACACUAUAAGCGUGUCGAAGGGAAUUGUUGGUAAGAUUGAAAUAUUACAAAAUCAAUAAUUCACUUAGUUAACU